AUGAGUCCGCUACAGCUAGUGACCGCUCUUCUCCUGGUUUUCCGGAUUAAAUCGAUUCUUGGCCAGUUGCCCCGGAAUGGCUGUUCGCCGCGUUUCGAAUAUCAGGGGUUCCAAGGGCAGUACAUCGGCCUGGUGCAAGUGCGUCAUCCCAUGGUCAAUAACCACACCAUGAUCCUUCAAUUCUCGCAGCCGGGAUAUCACGAAUUUACGGAUUACGUUGGCAGUAUUUCAAUGAUAGAUGAUGACAACCAGGUCCACGCCAAUCUUCGCAAUGGCUUACCAAUUCGAUACCGUGUGGAUUUCCCGAUUCCCUCCAUCCCGCCCAGGAUCACUAGCAUGGAAGUGAAUGGCAUUGAGCUUUGCGGUGGCCCAGUAUAUCCCAAGCCAAGAACAGGCAUAACUCUGCGAAUCUCUUGGGAAAACUUUGGUUCUUUUGCGAUCAAUCAACCUCAACCUGUGCCAAUUAGACCUUCUCAACCUUGGCGACCAGAGGAGCAACCACAUAACACUCCCGUCGACUUUGGGGAUUCCGAGACCACUCAACCAAGGGUCCCGAGUGCUGGAGUACUCCCGAGUAUUUGGAGAGGUAAUGACUCCCUGCAGUCGUUCCCGAACUCAGGAUGGGCUACUGCCCCUCCGCAGACCUCUACAAACCGGGGUUCUGUGAAUCAGGACAUGAAUAGGAAUCUUGGUCGUGGAACUCCCCCGCCGCAGACGAUAAGGAAUCCGAAUAGAGUGGAUGAUUCUCAGCCGACGGUCAGGAAUCCGGAAGUGCUGGUUCCCCAGCAGAAUGCCCCAUCCAAUGAGAUUCCCUGCGGACGUGAGAGGGCCAGUACGACACCUUUAAUUUUCAACGGCAAGAGCUUAGAUCGCGGUCAACUUCCCUGGUUGGUGGCCAUCUUCGAGCGGCGGGAGAGCAACGGACCCCGCUUCAUCUGCGGCGGAUCACUGAUCUCCACUUCCUCAGUUCUCUCAGCGGCCCACUGCUUUCGAGUUCCUGGAAAGAAUUUGCCUGCCGAUCGCCUGGCCGUCUCGCUGGGUCGAAACAGCCUGGCAAUUCAGUCGCCGGGAGAAUUUCGCGGGGUAUCCCAGUUGAUCAUUCACGAUAGCUUCCGUAUUGAGCAGUUCACCGAGGCUGAUUUGGCCCUAGUCAGAUUGGAUUCACCUGUAAGAUAUACCGACUACAUAGUCCCCAUUUGCCUGUGGAGCACCGGAAAUCGCAUGGAUCUGCCCCAGGGACACAAGACCUAUGUGGCUGGCUGGGGACCCGAUGAAUCGGGAACCGGGCACACAGAUGUGGCCAAGGUCACCGACCUGAACAUCGUAAUCGAAUCGGGCUGCCGCCUGGAACUGGCCCCUGAACUGGUGCAGCCGAGCAGCCUGUGUGCCAAGAGGGCGGGAGCAGGACCCUGUACCAGCGAUGGAGGUGGACCACUGAUGCUCAAGGAACAGGACGUAUUUAUUCUGCGGGGAGUGACCUCCGCGGGACAAAUCGACGAAGAGAGACACACCUGCGAUCUAUCCAAACCAUCUGUAUUCACCGACGUUGCCAAGCAUAUCGACUGGGUUCGCCGGAAUAUGUGGAACUAAAUUGGAGAUGGAGU